UCUUUGUGUGGUGUCUUCAUUCACUCAGAUUGCUUCAGUGAACAUACGGGUUCUGCAGGAAACACGUGUCUUCGCUCAGCUGCUAUCACUGGGGACAAAAGAGCCCAAAAAGAGGGGGGAAUAAAUGGGUCAGAGUCGUGAUGAAGCCGUGAAGAUUGCUCUGGAUCCACUCACUAACGCUAAUUAAUCGCGCGCUCAUUUGCCUGCCGUGUGUAUUUUUGAUCUGUUUGGUGUUACCUAUAGCUCGGCGCGUUGGGUUUCCUCUCUCGGUCUUUUGUGUGCACAACGGGAAGGUUUGUUUGCUCGUUUGAGAAAUAAUUUGUCUUUAAUACGUGGUGUUUGAACCGUGUGAGAGCUCUCGGUGUGAUGCAGUGCCCGAAGACACCAUUUUAGAGCACACUGAGCAUCCUUGAGAGCAUCUUUAAGGAGCUUCACGAAAGCCUGGUCUUUACGAGCCCGCUUUUUCCUUCAGCUCGCUGCCUAGGAUGCAUAAGAUCAUUUGCUGGAUGAUGAUGUCGACUGUUUCGUCCCCCUGGGAGCUAUUUUGGUGAUUUCAGUGAAGGAAAAGGAGCAAAGUUCUACUGAGACAGACGACUACGCAUGAACUGUGGACCCAGGGGACUUGAGACCGUCUAAUGGCAUUGUACAUACACAUACAAGGCACUGGACUCUGAGAAGCCUGUGGAUCUCCUGAGCACCUAAAAGCCAUGUUCCCAGCCCAUCGACGCUCCUUCAGGGCGGCUAAGCUGCUACUCGGAGCUCUGAUCUUUCUCCGGGCUUGCAGUUGUGCUUUGGGCUCCAGUGGUGAGACAUGUUACUCCAGACAGCAUCGAGACACCAUUGUGAAUGUGCACAAGGCUCUAGAUCAUCAAAAGACCGUAAUGGAUGUCAGGAAGAAAGAGGCAGAAAGAGACUGCAUCCUGGCCUGUUGCUCGGUAGAGCUGAAACCAGGUAUAAAGUGCAACAUGGUGGUGUAUAAGCCAUCAGGCCAAGAUGGUAGUGAGAACUGCUACCUGUUUCAUUGUGAAACUGAGCAGGACUGCCCUCUGAUGUCGGCCACGCCCGGGACUAACACUUAUGAUAUAUUCAAAGGUUUGACACACCCUUUGGCAAAAGAAAAGGAGAGAGUACCCACAAUGCCCAUUACAGUAGCAAAACAACUUACAACUACUCAAUCUACAUCGACAACCAUGAAACCAACAACCACAACAACCACAACCCAGCCCACCACUGCGACAAGUACCACGCAGUCCUCUACAACCACGCCUCCGACUACGGCAACCACCUCCACCAUAGCGCCCACAGAGCUGGCAAUUAUCCUCCUUACGAUGCCUGUUGAAAUCAUGCCAACCACUACAUCAACUACAACAACAACAACGCAAUCCACAAUUACAACCACAAAGGUACCUGCCACAACGAGUACCACAACAACUACACAUCCAGUCCAACCACAGCCACUCCCAAAUCCAAUCAGACCUUCCAAAAAGCAGAUCAGGCCAGCAAAAAAGCCAGAGCCCCAUGGGAAAUCCAUUGCUAAAGUAGGUGAGAUUCCAACCUUACAGAAACAAGCCACACAGAAAACUAUGAUACCUACUACUGCUACCACUAGUACAACUACUACCACAACUACUACUCCAACUACAACCACAACUACUACUCCCCCUACGACCACAACUACUACGCCCUCUACAACCACAACUACUACUGCCCCUACGACCACAACUACUACUCCCCCUACGACCACAACUACUACGCCCUCUACAACCACAACUACUACUCCCCCUACAACCACAACUACUACUCCCCCUACGACCACAACUACUACGUCCUCUACAACCACAACUACUACCCCCACUACAACCACUACAACCACUACAUCCACAACUACCAUUGAAAGGACAACUAUAGUCGUUGUAGAGAUGGAGAAUGAUGUGAAAAAUGGAGAUUCAGGCCCUGACCCUCCAGCAGUAUCCUCUGCCUCAGAUAAGGCUAAGGAGUCACAUUUGAUGUGGAAGAAUAGCCUGGCUUUGCUGGUCGUGCUCACACUCAUCAUUCUCACGUUUGUCGUGGCCAUCGUGGGCCGCAGAGCCAUGGAAUCCUUUGACAGGAGACACUACACAAGACUGGAGCUCAACGACCUUCACUAUGAGAUCUAAAGCUCAACCAAAUCCUUGAUGAUUGAAGAGACAAUCCCAGUCAAUAUUGAAAUGUACCCCCCCCCCCAACAACCCCCCCCCCCCCCCUGCUCACUAAAACAAAAUAUUUUGAUAUGUAGGACCUUUCGGGUUGAGAAGAGUCACAUGCUCCCCUCGUAUAAGAUGCUGUAACUGCUGGAGGCAUGUAACAAGAUGGAGGCUAUGGAGUUCAGGGUUGUGGGGAAUGAAAUGAAAAGCAAUACAAAGACCUCAGGAAACUUCAAAAUUUAGGACUGGAAAACUGUUGGACAUUCUUUGUUAUGGCAAUGCAUAAGUCAUUAACAUUUCCUCUCUCUGUGUAAGACCAGUCAAUCAAUAAUUAAGCUAAUAUAAGAACCGCGGCAUAAUCAGAUCGCUCCUUUCAGAGGCUUCAUUCGUUCAAUCACUUUGGCGUGUUUGUGUAUUACUUGAUUUAGGUUUGAAGUUCACCCAUCCUAUUAGCCAGCCAGUACUCCACUGCUUUAACCAAGUCAAAACUAUUACUCAGUUGCACAUCAGAUUAAACAUAUUCGGUUGGUUUUGGUUGGGAUACAGUACGAUUUGGGUGAUUAAUGCCUUUAUUGCAGGGUGUUAGUAAAGAAAUAAAAGACAGGAUAUACCGAGAAAGAUAGUUCUGUUCUUCAGACUUUCACAAGCACCUUUAUAUGGCCAUAUCCUUUCAGGACUUCCUUACCGAAAAACAGCGGCUUUUCAAACUGUAUUUACUUGCUGUACAUCGAAUCGUUGUGAUUUUAUUUUCCACUAUGUUGUACCGAUGUAUUUACAUUGAUGACACCGAUCCAUAGGAAAGUCACUGAUGCAGUGUACACAUUGUGCCGCACUUCUGUUUUGUGUCUAAACAAACACUACUUCUUGGUGGUAAAUUACAUUGGAUGUGCACUAUUUUCACAUGAAUACUUUCUUAACGAGCAGGUUUGUGAGUGUGAAGGUGUGUGCAGACGUGUGUGAGGUGAGCUACUCUAGUUAACUGUAACACUUGCUAAGAGCAUGCAUGGUAAAUGUCAUUUGCAAUAUUCGCUGUGUUCCAGUAUGGUUUUUAACAUGACUUUGUCGACUUCCACUCAUUAUUUCGGGAAUGUGAAUCAACUAAGUCCUACGACCUGUGGCACUAGACAGUGGCGUAAAUCUACUUAUUAAGGUAUAUUUAUUGAUUAAAUGCUUAUACUUAUUAUAAACAGCUCCAUCCAUUUAAAGCAAUUUGCAAAGCUGACUGGACUUUGCUAAUGAAGUACUAGCUAAUGACGUGCUACAGUGCCUUAUGAUGGCAACUUAGAUGAAGAAGUGAAGUCAAACCAGGGCUUGUUACAAACUAUAUGAAAACGCACUUGCCAUACUGUACGUCGAAACAUCGAAUGAGCUGUAUUUGCAAUUUUUGACCAAAGGUGGCAGCAGUCACUCAGUUGAACCUACAGCCGCCUUCCUGCUCCUGUGCUCCAUUUUAAGGAACUCGGUUUAGUUUCACAAAUCUUUUCAUGUUUUUCUUGAAUUGCUUUUUGUAUUUUAAUAUCACUGUAUAUAUAUAUUUAAGAUGGUGAUGGUUCGGUCUUGUUUUUGUGAGUGGUUUCUUUUAAGAACAAUUCGAAUUUAAUGUAGGCUACUAUUUUCUCUGGCAAAAAUAAAAUGUUAAUUCUUUGAAGAAAUGUUUGAAGGUUCUGGUAAAAAUGGUAAAACUACCAAUAAUGCUAUAAUAAUAAUAAUAAUAACAAUAAUAAUAAUAAUAAUGUUAUAAUACUAAUAUAACAACAACAAAACAACAACAAUAAUAAUAUAUUAUUAUUGGUGGUGGUGGUUGUGAUAGUGGUUUUAUGAUUGUUAUUAUUAUCAUAUUCAAACAGUACUAUAUAUACUGAAUUGUAGGAUUAUACUGAUUAUUUAAAAAUUUUUAAUAACCAAACGUUUGUUAGACCAUGGAAAUUUUCACAAUAAAUAAGAGUUCCAGUGUUAAUUAAUAUUGUUCAGUUCAGUCUUUGGAAAUGCUAAAUACUGAGAUUGAAUAA